AUGACGUAAUUGUAUUGAUCGCGGAAGAAGAGCCGAAAGUCGCGCAUUCGCCAUCUUGGACGAAUUGUGGAAAAGAAGUUUCUGUGUCUCGCAGGCGCGGUAACGCUUGUAAUAAUUCUUAUCCGUGACAAUCCGAACAUUAAUUAAUUUAACUGGGAAUUAACCCUUUUGUGAAUUAGAAACCCAUUUGGAGCGGACCAAGGUGAGUCAUUAUUUCUACGAUUCGCUUCCCCGUCCGAAUCUUUUUUUCUACGUGGAAACCUAUCUGUGACUUUGUCGUCUGAUCACUCGCUUUCAGAAGCUUUUCCCUUUUUCCCCGUUCGACGUCCUCGGCACGGUACAUCUCGAUCCUACCUAGACUGCUAAUUUUCUUUUUCUUUUUUACCAAUCUUUCCUCCUGUUCGAUUUAUGCGUAUAUUUUGACGUGAAUUUUUUUCCUUUCUUUCUUUUUUUGUUUUGUAUUCUACUCGUUUUGACAUCGCGAUUCUAGGGUUGGGUCUUGGUCUUCGCACGCCACUCACGUCCCGCGUCCUUUUAAUCAUCGUUUCUUUGUUUAUUCUGUCUGGUAGUUCAAUAUCCUGUCUGUCGUUCUUUAUUUUCCUUUAUUAUCAGUGUCUCUCGCGUCUAUUUCCCUCCCGUAACAAAGCUUUUCGAAACUCUUUUGUCCGCUUUCUAUUCCCUAGAGGUAUCGAGCAGCUCGACUUUUCCUUCCACUAUCAUUUUUUCAUCCACUGUUGUUCCUUCAUUUCCACCAUGACGUGCUCGUUUCGUCUAAUAUUUUAUUUCUCAAAUUAUCAUCAAUGCUGAACAAAAUUGAUAUGCGCCAGUUUUCUCUACAUAAUUUAAUAACUAUCGUUCGCGAUAGCUUUCUUUCUUUCUUUCUUUCUUUCUUUCCAUCUUCUCACCCCCUCUCUCUUUCUCUCUCCAGGCCUUCCCUCUCUCUCUCUCUCUCUUUCUCUCUCUCUCUCUAUCUAUCUAUCUUCCUUGUUCAUUCAUUAGAUUAAUAACCAUUGACUUUUUAUAUUUUUUCUUUUCUUCAUUGUGUGUAUGUAUUUUUGUUGUAUUGUAAACAUUAAACAAGAAUCAAAACAAUUUGAUUAUAUGUAACAAUUUCGUUUCAAUAUAUCGAGGAGUGAAAGAAAUUAGAUUUCAGCUUGUUACUUUGUGUGCAACAUGGCUCUGUGAAUGUUUAUAAGACGUAAGUAACAUGUUACAAUAUUCCACAGGUUCCUUUGGUGGGAUGAAAAUUUCUUUCAAAAAUCUUUCCUUUUUCUUUUCUUAUAACAAAUCCAAGGUCAUCUUGAUUUCUUUAAAAGUGAAAUCGUGUAAUUCUUUCCCGUUGUAUUGCAGGAAUAAGGACUGAGAUGCUUUUAACAAAGAAGAAAUAUGAUAUAUUUGUUUGUACAGUAUCAAAUUUAUAGCAGCAAAAGCAUAUUAAUAUUUGUGUUUGUUUCAACAGUUUAUGCAAGAUGUUCAAAAAUAAUCAUUAUAUUAUGAAUAUUCACAUUGUUGCACAAUAUGGUAAUUAUUUGUACAUGUUAUCAUAAAAAAAUAUUUCUGUCUCGUUGCUUCGUUAAAGAAACAACUGAUGUAGCUGUUUUGCUCAUUGAAGCAUUAAUAACAUGUACAAUUUCUUGUUACAUUAUUGCAAAUAACUGAUCAUAUGAACAUAUUGUAUAGAUAACAUUAAGAAUAACUGUUUGAAACUAUUUGAAAUAUUUUGUAUAUAAUUGUAAUAUAAACUGUAUAAAAACAUUUAUGCAUAUAUGUAUUUUUACGCCAUUGAAUUAUAUAUAUAUAUAUAUAUACAAUUUUGUUUUUAUAAUAAAAAACUAUACGUGAAUAUUAUUUAUGAUUUCAGACAAAGGGUUCGUUCUUUGGGUCUGAUUGGUACUAAAUGGUUGCCUGCAGACAGCAUGUCUACUCUGUCAGGGCUUGUGUCGAAGGGGGAGAAAGGAAAAUCCAAGUUUCAAUCGUUAGACAUCAAUAGCUUGUACCGGAAAAGAUAUCCGGGAUUGGUAUCCGAUCUAUGCUUACAGGGAGAAUCUUUAGAACAACAUCAACAGAAGAACACAUUGCCACGCAAACAUGGAAUGCAAAGUCUUGGGAAAGUGCCUUCGGCACGGCGACCUCCUGCUAAUCUGCCUAGUUUAAAAAGUGAACACAGCAGUAACGAUCCAGCUGUUAGUCUCGUACCAAGCGGAGGAAGUGGUUGGGCCACUACCAAAGAGUCAACGACUACCACUACUGCUACAACCACUACGACUGUAACUGCAUCAGAUAUAUCUACUGCAAAUUCUUCAACAGUACAAUGUGUGACAGGAACUAUCACGACAUCAUUACAUCCAUUACACCCAGGACAACAAAAUACUUCACAAUCUUCAUAUUCUUCCGAUGUAAACAACAAAUCGUCAUGGAGUGCAAUAAUGAGCAGAUCUGGAGAUGGUGCCGUAUCAGGAAGCCAACAACAAUUACAACAACAACAACAGCAGCAGCAGCAACAGCAACAGCAGCAGCAACAACAGCAGCAACAGCAAACCGCAAAUCGGGAAUUAAGCGCGCAGUACGGACCUGGACCAAGUUUACGGCCCCAAAGUACCAAAACGGAAGGAAGUUGGAUACAAGGUGGAAGUCGUACAGCCAGUGGUGCAGGAAUCGCAACUACUGGUCCUGGAAGUGGGAAUUCAGGGGUCCAGGCCCCCCCUUUAAACAUCAGUGGAUCAGGAGGACAUACCGACAUAUCUGCCGGAGGGCGACAGAACUUGGUCCAGUCUCCCAACAUGGGCAUGGGCCAGGGAGGCCCUCAUAAUUCCUCGAAUAGUCAGAAUGCUCUGAGUUCUAAUUCUCAUCAAGUUGGUCCAAAUCUACAUCACUACAGAGGACUUAUUCCUCCAUUUUCUCUCGAUUACAUUCAGAUGUACAGAGGAAAUUUUUCUGGCGGAUUCCCUCCUCAAUUUCCGGCGAACGCUAGUUCCGGUGGGCCCAGACCCCGGUUCAAUUAUCCCUCGGAACGAUUCCCUCCUCCGCUUGUUCGCCAACAAGAACGCGAACGCGUUUCCGAAGAAGAGAUCAUUACAAGGCCAAUCAUCAAGGAGGAAGAUCUCACGCGAAUGGACGAUAUUUCUCGCGAUGCGGGCUGGGCAGCGCACGACGAUAUCGAUUACAAUCAAAAGCUUGCCUUCAGCGACGACGAGCCGGACCCUGAACCCUCGAAGAAAGAUGAAAAGAAAGACAAUAAGGAAGAGAAAGUAGAAGAGAAUUCGAUAGAUGAGAAGGAGAAAACCGCGAGAGAGAACAGCCGCGACAACCGCGACAUCCACGAUAAUCGUGAUUCGAAGGAAUCCCGUGAUCAAGCAAUUCAUCGUUCAUGGACUCAGAAUUCUUUAUCCCGUGUGGAAGACGACGAGGCGUGGAACGAGAGACGCAGACUGAAAGUCGUGGAGGUAGCGUCUGCGGUUGAGCGCGCCCGCCAACGGAAGGAGGAGGAGGAGAAACGAUACCAGGAGUCGACGAGGCAAGCGGCAGCUAAAAAGUUGCAAGACUUGGAGCAGAAGUUGAAGGAGAAGCAGGCUAACGAAUCGAAAGGACUGAUAAGCGUGCCGCCGGUGGCGAUCCCGGUUCCCGAGUGGGAGCGAGAGAGGGAGAACAGGGAGCGUGAGAACAGAGAACGGGAACGAUCCGAAGGGAAGGACGAGAAGCCUUCGCUGAACCGCGAAUUGCGUGAAAACAGGGACGGUCUGAAAGAUGGCAGAGACUCGCGCGACCAGUUGAGCAUGUCAGACUUUCGGCAAGCGGACCGACAAAGUUUCACGAGGCAGGACAGCAUUCGUAGCGAGCGUGAAAGAGAGCGAGACCGUGAUCGUGAUCAAAGGGACACGAGGGAUCGCGAACUGCACGCUUCGUUCUCGCGAUAUUACAAAACUAACUUGCCGCCCCGAUUUCAAAAGCAACAAGCGGAAAAGAUCAAUGCCGGUCUUAACCGAGUUUCUCCCAAUACCGAAAGAUCGGCCCCGCAAUCCGUUCCAUUCUCUCAGCAAUACGAUCCUGGCAGAUGGGUUCACGGCCACAGCUCUUUAAAAUAAUCUUUACUCACAGCAUCGGAUAAGAACUGUUGAGGCGUUUGACAAUUCUUAUGAUGCAGCUUUUUAUCUUAAGUUCUAUAAAGAAAAGGAAAGAAUCUUUAUUAGAGCUGCAAAAAUCUGAAAUGGAAGGUAGGAAAAAAUUUUGGCUGUUCUUGGAUGACUGGGUCAUUAAGACUUUCAUUGUGAUAUCAGUUAGUGUUAUGCUGUGGCUGGAGAUCAAAGUUUUUGCAAAAUUUAGCCACAUGACAUUCUUCCUUGCAUAAGAAGCAGGCUACUUUUCUCCUAAUAGAUAUAUCUAAUAACAUGUAUUAUCUUGAUUUAUUUGGAUGGAUUUAGCUACGUUUGAAAUGUCUUUGAAUGUGUGCGUAUCCUGGAUCAUUUAAAUCUGCUCUAAUGAAGGUGAUCUGAGAAAUAAGUCUAAUGUUUUAUCUAACAAGCUCUUUACGAAUGUGGAAUUAUAGGGCACAUAUUGGAUAUUAUUAAUCGUUUGGAUAAAUUUAAUUUGAUUGUAAGUUAUCCUUAUGCUUACUAUUCCAAUAUAAGCAUAAUUGGUCUUGAAAAAUUGUAGAUAAAUUUGAUAUUUUACAGGCUAAUAAGUUUUUCAACAAUGUAUGA